ACCCGCGAUUGCAUCGACUGUCAACGGUGGAGAGACAUGCGUCAUGGAGACGGAGGACAUUCUGAAGGGUUUUGCAGAUGGCAGCAAGGAAGGGAAUUCGGCAGGAGGGAACAACGCAGACUGUGCAGAGGUGUUUGCGACAAUAUGUGCACAGACUGCAGAGAUGAUGGGUGAUGGUGAUGAAACAGAGAAUGAUGCAAGAGGGAACACUUGUGAGACGGAAACGGCUGGGGAAGAGAGAGAGGAGGGAGGUCUGGAAAGCAGGGAAUCUCUGACAGGGUGUAUUGUGAAAGAUGAAAAUGUGGUGAAAACAUCAGCAGGAGAAGAGUACCCAUAUGACAUCAAUUGGGUGUCGGGUCGUGUUCAACCGGGUAUUGUUGGAGGAGCACCCUGCUUUGCGUUCAAAGUCGAAGGGACAUGGGUUCCAUUUCCUGCCCCCAAAAAGAAUACAUGGCGAAACGUGACUCUAACAAUCGUGUUUGACAGACUAUUAAGGUUGAACGAUGGGGCAACAACAGAGGCGAAAGGGCGAUAUGCAUUGGACGUGUGGCGUGUUCUGGAGGCGCAGGGCGAGUUCAGGCUGAACGAUUUUUUGUACGACAGUUUUGAUUGCGGAAAGGCAUGGGUGAUUGGCGGGAACGACGCAACAGGGAGUACGGCGUGCCAUGAGAGCGAUGCGAGGAGGGAUCCUAGGUGGGGUUGGGUGCCAUGUGUGAUCCCGAUUCCAUGUGGCCGUGUGAGGAUGAUGAUGCGUGAUGCCAUGGGAAAUGUCUGGAGCACGCAUUAUGUGAAUGGCAACUUCUCCUUCAAGCACCUCGACAGGGAUGUCUCAGAAGACGAGAAGAAGGCAAUGGCAUGUAAUACCCACACUGUUGGCUGCUUUUUCCCGCCGCUUCAGAACCCUGUGGACUCGGAGGUGGUUGAAGGCAAAGUUUACAUUGGUGAGGAUGGCAGCACAUACACGCAUGCAAGAGGGCAGGAAGCCACGUACGAUGGAGUAUGCUUGCAGAUAUGGGACCAUGUCACAAUGAGGAGUGACGUUCUGUCUGCCAUGGACAUUGGGGCCCGUGUCAUCCCUGAAGGACCGUUGCAGCGGCAUAUGGCCCCUGAAAAGUAUGGCUAUCAUGUCAAUUGGGUCCCAGGAUGUUUGCAUCCUACAGUGGUUAAUGGCAAGGUGACGAUGGCAGCAAGACUGCAAUCAGGGCAUUGGCUCCCAUUGGGAUGGAUGCAUGCAGGCAUUGUGGAGCAUUGGCAGUUCCUUGUGGUUUUGGCACGUGUCUCAAUUUUCAAUGUGAAUUCAAAGGACCACGUACUGGUAGUUGAACACGCAAAGCGGUGUUGGGAGAAGAUAAGGGAGGAGAGCGUCAGAUGGCCGUUCUUGCGUCUCGUGCGUGAGGUUGUGGAGCGGGACAUUGCUCCGGGUAUGGGGGUGAGGUUUCAGAUGACGGCGGUGCGUGCUUUGAUGGAGGCUGUCGAAACGUAUUUGGUCGCCAAUUUCGAAAACACCAACGAGGUGGCCAUCCAUUCGAAGAGGGUGACGAUCCAGGUCAGGGACAUGAGAUUGGUGGAUAGGUUGUCGAAGCCUCGCUGGGUUGAGAAAUAUCAAGGUAUGUUGGACGAGAAGGCGAGAGCUGAGGAGAGAAAGGAACAGAUGGACGCCAGACAGGCGGAAAGGGAUGGCAGCAGAGCAGGGGCGAAGAAGAGGAAAGCAGUGCCACGUAAGGGGGGGUCCGCGAAAAAAAAAGCAGCUUGAUAAUUCUACUGUGUGUGCUGCAUAACGGUUGUCCUGUCGAAUC